AUGAAGUUGUUGGUAGUUGUGGCUGCUGCUCUGGCAGUGGCGAGCGCCGCUAGCCUUUCAUUGGAGGACCUGGAGUUCCAUGCCUGGAAACUGAAGUUUGUGUACUUUUUCUCCCCCCCACCUCCUUCCUUCCAUCCCUCCCUCCCUCAGACUGGCUCUUUGGAAGGCCAGCACUACAGGAAGACCAAUAAGCUGGUGUCCCUCAGUGAGCAGCAGCUGGUUGACUGCUCCGGCGAGUUUGGCAACAUGGGCUGCAUGGGCGGUCUCAUGGACCAGGCCUUCGAGUACAUCAAGUCCUUGGCCCCUGGAGGCCUGGACACUGAAGACUCCUAUGCCUACCAUGCUGAGGACAAGAAGUGCCACUACAAGCCAGACAGUCUGGGUGCCACCUGCACCGGGUACGUUGACAUGACCAGCGGUGACGAGAGCGCCCUGCAGCAGGCCGUGGCCACCGUCGGACCUGUGUCUGUAGCCAUUGAUGCUGCACACUCCUCCUUCCAGCUCUACAAAUCAGGUGUCUAUGAUGAGCCAGACUGCAGCAGCGAUCAGCUGGAUCAUGGUGUGCUGGCUGUGGGCUAUGGCACUAGUGAUGAUGGCCAGGACUACUGGCUGGUGAAGAACAGCUGGGGCCUUGACUGGGGAGAUAAGGGCUACAUAACGAUGUCCAGGAAUAAGCACAAUCAGUGUGGCAUCGCCACGGCUUCCAGCUACCCCCUGGUCUAA